UCCUACCUCCUCCCCCACCGGUGUCCUCACUUGCUUCUCUUAUUUCUUUGUCAUCUCUCAGUCAUAACCCAAAACCCAUUCUUACUCUCUCUCCCUCUCCCCGUCUCGUUCUGCUAUCUCUCACUUUCACGCCGUACUUUACUCAUCUUUCUCUUCCUCAACCCCGAGACGCUAUCCCCUCCACCUCUUCUUCUUCUUGUUUUUUUUUUUUUUUGGAAUACACCUCCUCCCUCCCCCGCUUCUGUAAAACCCUAAAGCUUCACUUCUAACUCCAGUGCAUUGCUGCGAUUCCCUACCCGACCCUUCAGAUCUAGUACCGUUCCAGCUAUGCGUCUUUAGUUUUGAUUCAAAAUGUCCAAUUCCGAUCCCAAAGCCCGACAGCGUCCGGGUCCAUGGCCUCAGGCGCCCGAGUCUUCUGCACCGCCACCUUCUUCGUGGGCCAAGAGGACCGGAUUUAAGCCCAAGUUUUCUGGCGAGACUAAUGCUGGCGAUUCUGGUCAGAUGAGCUUGCCGCCCAAGCCAAGAGAGCCGGAGGCAAAGCCGGCUCUUGAAGCUGGUCGAGUUCGGGCUGCUCCGGCAGUGAAUGGUGAGGCCGAGGCGGAGAAACAUCCACCUUCGUCGGUUAAGGAACAGACAGUGAAGAAGCGCAGGGAUUCUGAUGGCGUGCCCAAGAGUUCUGUUCCCAGCACCAAUGGGCAGUUAACAGCGACAACGGCGGCGCCGGCGGACCCGCCUUCGCAGCAGCGGAGAACAGCCAGGCAUGAAGAAGUAAUUGAUGUGCUGCCACAGACUGUCGAUGACGAUGGUUUUGUGUCUAGACAUUCUCAUAUGAAAUAUGAGCUGAGAGAUUCCCCUGGUCUGGUUCCCAUUGGUCUAUACGGUAUUCAACAUUACAUUUCAAUAUUAGGCUCGCUGAUUCUCAUUCCCCUUGUCAUAGUACCUGCAAUGGGAGGCACUCAGGAGGAUACCUCUAAGGUGGUAUCAACGGUGCUCUUCACGUCGGGAGUGACUACACUCUUGCAUACAAAUUUCGGGUCAAGGUUGCCCUUGAUUCAGGGCCCAUCCUUUGUCUAUCUGGCUCCAGCUUUGGCGAUAAUCAAUUCUCCAGAGUUUCAAGGAUUAAAUGGAAAUAAAUUCAAGCAUAUAAUGAAGGAGCUACAGGGAGCUAUAAUUAUUGGCGCUGCAUUCCAAGCCUUUCUUGGAUAUACUGGGCUCAUGUCACUAUUAGUAAGGUUGAUAAAUCCUGUGGUUGUUUCCCCUACUAUUGCUGCAGUCGGACUUUCAUUUUACAGUUAUGGUUUUCCACUUGUUGGUACUUGUAUUGAGAUUGGUGCAGUGCAGAUAUUAGUGGUUAUUGUAUUUUCUCUUUAUCUUCGUAAGAUAUCUGUCCUUGGUCAUCGCAUAUUUCUAAUAUAUGCAGUUCCAUUGGGCCUGGCAAUUACAUGGGCGGCUGCUUUCAUGCUGACUGAAGCUGGAGCCUAUAACUACAAAGGUUGUGAUAUAAACAUUCCAGCUUCAAAUAUGGUAUCAGAGCACUGCAGGAAACAUAUUUCAAGGAUGAAACAUUGUCGAGUCGAUACUACCCAUGCAUUGAAAUCAUCCCCUUGGUUUAGAUUCCCUUAUCCGCUUCAAUGGGGUACUCCUGUCUUCUGCUGGAAAAUGGCUCUUGUAAUGUGUGUGGUUUCCUUAAUCUCAUCAGUAGAUUCGGUUGGCUCAUACCAUGCAUCUUCAUUAUUGGUAGCAUCCAGACCUCCAACUCCUGGAGUUCUUAGUCGAGGAAUUGGUUUGGAAGGUCUUUCUAGUGUCUUGGCUGGUCUCUGGGGAACUGGAACUGGGUCUGCAACAUUAACUGAAAAUGUUCACACUAUUGCGGUGACUAAAAUGGGAAGUCGUAGGGCAGUUGAGCUUGGUGCUUGCAUUAUGAUUGUGCUGUCUCUUGUGGGUAAAGUUGGAGGAUUUUUUGCUUCAAUUCCAGAAGUCAUGGUUGCUGGUCUCCUCUGCUUUAUGUGGGCAAUGCUUACAGCAUUAGGAUUGUCAAAUCUACGGUAUAGUGAGGCUGGAAGCUCUCGCAAUAUCAUUAUAGUUGGGUUAUCGUUGUUUUUCUCUCUUUCCAUCCCUGCCUACUUCCAGCAAUAUGGCAUAUCUCCCAAUUCCAACUUGUCUGUGCCAAGUUAUUUUCAACCCUACGUUGUGGCUUCUCAUGGGCCUUUCCACACCAAAUAUGGAGGGUUCAAUUAUGUCCUGAAUACACUCUUUGCAUUACACAUGGUGGUAGCAUUUGUUGUAGCUGUUGUCCUGGACAAUACUGUGCCUGGCAGUAAGCAGGAACGCGGGGUCUAUGUGUGGUCGGAAGCCGAGGCUGCUAGAAGGGAGCCUGCCGUCAUGAAAGACUAUGAGUUGCCCUUUAGAGUUGGCCGAGUUUUCAGGUGGGUGAAAUGUGUGGGGCUAUGAAGGAAGGGCAUCGCUACAUUUCUCAUUUGUGUCCAAAGGAGCAGGUUUCGAAUGUGGGGGUUUUUGUUCUCAAGCAAAAGGAUAGCAAGUUUUGUGGAAACAUCUCAUAGACGAUGAGACACAUCUUGGUAAUAGUGUCUCGUUAUAGAUACUUUAUAUGUAGAUUGAGGAUCCUGAGGGAUCUGUUUGUGUUGUAAUUUAUUAGAUUAUGAUUAACCAUGUAUGUAGUCUUGAUUCAUUCGAAAUGUCCAGGUGGAUUCUUUCUUGCUUUAAAGGCGGGCUUUGGCAAAUCAUCCUGGUUAUGUAUAUAGACACACAUUUUUUUCU